AUGAGCCGCCAGUUGACUCUCUAUCCUGGUGCGGAGCGCCUGGGCUUCAGUGGCUGCUCUGCUGUCAUUUCGGGCCGCUUCAGCAGCAGCCACGCCUCAGUCCGGGCAGGGAUCAAGGGUACUGCUUUCGGCAGUAGGAGCUUGUUCUGCAUGGGGGGCGGCCGGCGGCUGUCAUUGAGCUCGGCGGGGCGGAGCGGUGGCUUUGCGCUGGGCCACGGAGGGGCGAGUGGUGGGCGUCCCGGGGGCUUCGUGGGCACCAUCUUUGGCAGCGCAGGACUGGGGCCCACGUGCCCAUCCGUGUGCCCGCCCGGCGGCAUCCCCCAGGUCGUGGUCAACAAGAGCCUCCUGGCCCCGCUCAACGUGGAGCUGGACCCGGAGAUCCAGAAGGUGCGCGCGCAGGAGCGGGAGCAGAUCAAGGCUCUGAAUAACAAGUUCGCCUCCUUCAUCGACAAGGUGCGCUUCCUGGAGCAGCAGAACCAGGUGCUGCAGACCAAGUGGGACCUGCUGCAGCAGCUGGACCUGAACAACUCCAAGAGGAGCCUGGAGCCCGUUCACGAGAGCUAUAUCAGCAAUCUGCAGAAGCAGCUGGAGAUGCUGUCUGGGGACAGGGUGAGGCUGGACUCGGAGCUGAGGAACAUGCGGGAAGUGGUGGAGGACUGCAAGAAGAGGUACGAGGUGGAGAUUAACAGACGUACUGCUGCUGAGAAUGAGUUCGUGGUGCUGAAGAAGGAUGUGGACGCUGCUUACAUGAACAAGGUGGAGCUCCAGGCCAAGGUGGACUCCUUGACAAACGACCUCAAGUUCUUCAAGGUCCUCUAUGAAGGGGAGAUUGCUCAGAUGCAGUCUCACAUCAGCGAUACGUCCGUCAUCCUGUCCAUGGACAAUAACCGGCAGCUGGACCUGGACAGCAUCCUCACUGAGGUUCGAGCCCAGUAUGAGGAGAUCGCUGUGAAGAGCAAGACAGAGACGGAGAACAUGUACCAGUGUAAGAUCCAGGAGCUGCAGGCCACAGUAGGUCAGCAUGGGGAUGACCUCAAACUCACCAAGGCCGAGAUCACAGAUAUCAACAGGCUGAUCCAGAGGAUCCACUCAGAGAUAGGGAAUGUGAAGAAACAGUGCUCCAACCUGGAGACGGCCAUUGCUGAUGCUGAACAGAGAGGUGACUGUGCCCUCAAAGAUGCCCGAGCCAAGCUGGACCAGCUGGAGGGUGCCUUGCAGCAGGCCAAGGAGGAGCUGGCUCGGAUGAUGCGGGAACACCAGGAGCUCAUGAAUGUCAAGUUGGCCCUGGACAUGGAGAUAGCCACCUACCGCAAGCUGCUGGAGAGCGAGGAGAGCAGGAUGGGUGGUGAAUACCCAAAUUUAGUGAACAUUUCCGUCGUUAGCAGUACCAGUGCAGGCCCAGGAGGUGCUGGCUUCAGUGUGGACUUAGGUUCCUUGAGCAGUUACAGCUACAGGCCUCUGGCCCUGGAGGUCAAGACCAAAGGCAGCUGUGGCAGCGAGCUCAAGGAUCCCCCAGCCAAAGCCUCAGGCAGCAGCUGUGCCACCAAAAAGGCGUCCAGAUGACGGACAGGCGGCAGUGCCGUGGGCAGAAGGCUGGGGGCCGCAUUCUCCUCCUGCUCUUUUCCUUGGGUCCCUUUCCAAGUCGGAAGUGUAUUCUCUACCACUGAAAUCCCAACCUGUUCUCCCAGCCCUGUUUUCCUCAGUGCAGAGAACUGUCUGGUGCAGGAAGGUCAGUCACGGGCUCUCUCAGUGACCUCUCUCCCACUCACUUUUUCUGGGUGACUGCCCCACACGCAGAGAUAAAGCACAGACCCAAGAGGUUUCCCUGUAGCCAACAGCAAGCCUCUCUGUUCCGUGUCGUCUCCAGCCUUCACUGUCAAGGGGCCUUUCCUCUUUAUCCCCUGACGAGGAUUCUACCUAGUUCUCUGCUUCUCCUGCAAUAAAUGAUUGACUGAUG